CCCACUCUUGCUCAAGACUAGAGAUUCUGUGCACAUAAGGAGUACCAGGGUGGAAUCCAAGCAAGUUACACUGGAUAUCUCUAGUAUGGACUGGUGUGAGAUUAACACCAUCCCUGGCUUGGCAAAUGUAGGCAACUCGUGUUUCCUAAAUGCUCUCGUUCAGUCAUUAGCAUCAUGCCCCCUUUUCAUCAACUGGCUGACAUCCAAGCUCAGGGAUCCAUCUCCCCCAUUGGUGACAGCUCUCCAUGACCUUCUGAAAGUGUUAAACAAUGAUGGAGGCCAUGGAGGGGAUGCAUGUGCAGGUGAAGUGAUGCGUGCUCUCAGGACCCAUGGUUGGGUUAUCUCUGCAGAGGAACAAGACACACAUGAACUCUUUCAUGCCCUGACAGCCACCUUGGAUGAAGAACUAGGAAAUGUCCUCACAACACCCUCUCUCCUUGAUGUCUCAUGGAUGGAGGAAAGUGAAACUAACAUAUAUGAGGAAGGUGUUUUGCUCAAGGCUGCAUCAGUGGAGUAUUUGAAUAGAGAUUAUAGCAUCAAGAAGGUGAAUGGUGUAGAGAUGAAUGGAAAUGCAGAUUGUGCUACAAUGGAUAACAGUUACGUGAAAGGUGGCAAAAAUGUGGAUAAAUCAGAUUCCUUUUCCAGUGCAGAUAUGACUGUUGCUGAUCAGAACUGUGAUAAUUUUAGCCUAGGAAGGAAUGAUUCUGCCAAAAAUGGUGCUGUGGUCAAUGCAAAUGGGUCAGAUUCUUAUGUAAGCAAUCCAGGUUGUGAAAAUGAAAGUUGUAAAUAUCAGAACAAUGUAGAUAGUAAGAAUGAUACAGAUAACAUAUAUGUGAAUGGAGAGCAUAGCAAAGGAGACAUACAUAAUGGAAAAACUAAUAGUACCAAAGAGUCUAGUGAAAUAUAUAACCAGAGUUCUCAGAUGGAAGACUGUGCCAACUAUUCUUAUGAGAGUAAUAAGCCUAGUGACAGAAGAAAUAGUGAUGAGCCUGACAGAGAAUCUGUGGCUCCUCCAGCUAUCCCCCGAAGAGAAGAUUUGGAAAAGGCUUCAGUCGACAGGUACUGGAAAACCCGCCCAGAUCAGCAGGAUAGCCCAUUCAGAGGAUAUUUAGCUAGCCAGCUCCAGUGUAUAUUAUGUGGUCAUAAGAAUCCUGCUCAGUGGUCAAGCUUUGAGUCUAUAUCUCUUUCACUGCCAUCUGUACCUUGGGGUGAAGUGACCUUACAGGAACUUUUAGACUGUUAUAUUACCCAAGAAAAAGUUACAGAUGUUACCUGUGACAACUGCACCAAGAAAGCUGGCUGUACAAUCAAGACGUCAUUUACAAAGCAACUUACUAUAGGAAAGCUCCCAGACUGUUUGUGCUUUCACGUAAAACGCACAAUAUGGUUAGAAAAUGGAACCGCCAUUAAAAGACGGGACCACGUCAUUUUCCCAGAGUUCCUGACCAUGGAUCCAUACACCUACACUACCUCUAUUACAGCACAGGUACAACAGGACAGUUUGCGGGAUAGCUCUGAUCACAGCCAUUCCACUUCUGAGAGAAAUGGUGGAUCAAACCUAUCGUCAGAUUGGUCUGCAAAUAAUUAUGAUCACCAAUCUCUUUCCAUCUUGAGUAAACACGCAACCUCCAGUCAACUAGAACCCAGCUCAUUUGUGCAUGUCUCAAGAGUGCGGUGUGAACAGCUGUACAGACUGAAGGCAGUUAUUGUUCAUGUUGGAGAUGUCUUCUGUGGACAUUUUGUGACAUACCGUCGAGGAGCGAUAGGUUCACGCACGAGGAACAGGUGGUUCUACGCAUCAGAUCUCUUAGUGAGGGAAGCAACUUUAGAAGAAGUGAAGAAAGCUCACAUCUACAUGAUACUCUAUGAGAAAGUAACACAGUAACUACUGAUGCACCCAGAAGAGCAUUAUGGUAUAUAUAGAAGUUGGAAGAAGAAAAAAAAAAAGAGAAGACAUUUUACCAACUUUGCUUUGCCUGAAGAAAAUUGAAUGAUGUGAUAUACUACAGGCCGUUAAAGGUCAAACUCUUCAAAGUUCUUCCAGUUUUUUGCUUGGGAUGUUUUUAACAAAUGUGUAUUUUAGCUUUAUUUAUAUAUUACUAGAUCAAUAAGAUUGGCAAUGAUCAAGAAGUAUAUUUAAUUUUAUACUUGCAUA